CUCCGUCUAGAGACCCCGUUUUGUUUUUAGGGUUUUAGAGCUUCCAAGCGUGCGGGAGUUUUUCCACACUUGCCGUCUUUCAUUUAUACGGAGGAUUUAGCGGCUGAAAACUCUCCCGCUCUCAAUGGAUCCUUCGCAACUCCAAUCCAAUGAACUUGCGCAAUUUAUCGCACAAGAGAAGGAAAGAGCAAUGGUUAAUGAGAUGGUGGCAAAACUCACAAAUGUCUGCUGGGACAAAUGCAUCACCGGUACACCCGGAAGCAAGUUUAGUUCCAGUGAGUCUAGUUGCCUUUCAAACUGUGCGCGGCGUUUCAUGGAUAUGAGCAUCAUUAUUGUGAAACGCUUCCAGAACAUGCAGUGAAGUUCUAGGAGGAGGAUUGGCAUUAUCUCUGUCACAAGAACUGGUCGUUUUGCCUGUGUUUUUUUGGUUAAAUAGUUGGUUGAAGAUGCUUUGAAUUGUUGGAAUAGAUCUCUUUCAAAUUUGUUGAAAAUAUAAAUUAAGUUGUCUUUUAAUUUUA